AUGGCCGCGACGACCUUCAUUUCACCGUCUGUAUCGUAUGAGAGACGCGAGUCCCUGGACCCUCUCACGGCAUUCGCGGUGGCGCAGAGUCCCGUUCAACAUCAAUACUUCAAUGGCCAACCUGCAUACUUCUCCGCCUUCCCCCAGCUCGCUCACGAUUACGCUUCCCACUUCUCACCGUAUAUGAGCAGUGGCACCGAAGACCCCUCGCUCUCGCUUCUCCAACACACCACAGAUCGCUGGAACGAAGAGUGGUCCAAGUUGCCGAAUCACGAUAACAUCGACAGCCCGCCGUUCACUACCAGUCCCGAAAUGCACUCACCCGAAUCUGAGCGCAGCUCCGGUAGCUCUGCAACUCUGCUCAGUCCAACUGGGUCGCCCCUCGACUUGCGCGCCGAGCGCGAUCUUCCUAGGGUGACCCGCACCGGUUCCAUCUCCGAACACUCACAGCACUCAGUCGGCGAACACCCUGAUCUCUCGCCCAAUAAUUCACCGACCUUAGGAGGUCAGAAGGAUAAGGAUAAGCCGCAGCCAGAUCCUGACGCAGAAGACUUUUUGAGGUGCAAACUUGGGGAUGCGAAGUGGAAAACCUUCUAUGCUCGCUUAUCCGAACGCCGCCUUGCAUCUUCCCGCUUGCGCAAGGAUUCCGAUGAGGAAUCGCCCGGGGCUGUUUCGGUUUACCUAUUCUUGCUCAAGGUCGAGUGCGUGAAGGAGGUCCUUCGCACUCUAGUCCCCAACCCAUACAGUCCUGAGAAAUUCGCGGUCCAUCCACAUAGCUGCCCCAAGGGUCAUGUCCGUCUAACUCGUGAUACGGUCUUGGCGCUUGCCGGUUGGUCCAAUACGCAGUUCUCUUACUGGAUGCGACGAGUCGAAGCGAUCUCCGUAUUCGCUCCAUACGACGAUACUUUUGCGGAACUCAAACAAACCCUCUACGGUAUACUAUACGGCGGCCUCUCGCAGUCUUCGCCUCCGGCUUCACCGGGCGUAACGGGCAAGGGAAUCGACGCUCUCAUUGAUACCGUUAAGCGCCAAACUGGCCUUCAGCCCUAUGUCAGGGGCAAGCACGCUAGUCUCGACGCGUUCUGUGCCGCGGAGCUCGGGCCUGCGCACACUCAGCCACCCGCGUUCGCCACGUUCCAACCUCAUAUGUACUCGCAUGAGCAGCGAGUCGCUGAACAGCAGAGCCGUCGCAAGCGCAAGCGCACCGAGAGCCUUGGGUCCAUGCAGGGCUCCGAGGACGACGUGCUGGACACCUUCUCGCGCCCUGAUAUGUAUACCUGCCUGCCUCCUCCACGGCCCAUUCAAGUCCCGAGCAUGCAGCCCAUGCAGAUCCCGAGCCUUACACUAUCCCCGCUCGACGUGCCCGGAUCCGGAGGACAGUAUCCGACCGAGCAACUGCUCCAGGAUACGCAACGCAUGCACACGAUGCUCAACAUCUCUGCCAACUCGCAUUAUCCUCUGCCUAUUAACUCUUACUCUACUGUUUACGCUCGCGAGGAGCAGCCAGUCUCCAAGCGAGCGCGCUAUGACCUGAUCUGA